ACAGAGCAUGGACCCAAGAAAAUAAGACUAGGAAGUCAAGUUCAGAAGAUGGGAGGCCAUGGCGACUGUAACAAAGCCUUAAAACCAGCUGGGAAGGCUAGGAAGGAGACGAUCAUGAGAAGACGGAGAGAGGAUCAAAAGUGGAUUGGCCAGAUUGAAAGAGCUAGUAAGAAGCUCUUGGAAAGGCUAGCUGAGAUAAACAACGGAGGGAGGGUGGCCUGCUGGAAUGAAUGCUUUCAGAGGAGGUCCAAUAGAGGCAAGCAGAACAGGUAAAUAAUGAACAUCACUGUGGAAAACCAAGGUAUUUUGAAGAGGCUUAUUGACUGUAAGCCUACCUACGAUCAAAAGAAUUCUGAGACUGGUUGGCAGGUUCUCUACAAGAAGCUUUUCUAUACUGUCUGA